GCUCCCGAAAUUGUGUUUCCAAAACUCCUGGAUUUGAGCUCUGCGCUGGGGGCCGUGGAGGUCCGGUCCAACCCAGAUUCCGUGUUCUCCCGAACCUUCCUAGAAGGAAACGUUAAGCCCAGAGACUCCUGUGAACACUUAAGUGCCUACUUCCGCCAGUUUUUUACUGCCCUCAAAGGGGCCUUAUUUUAGGGCCCUGGCCUACUCGUGAGGAUAGGAUUUGGGCUAAUACAGUGCCAGCUAAUAACUUCUGGUUUGCUCCGGGUGAGAUGGCCCGCACUCAGAGGCUAGUGGAGUCUACAGCCGACCCGAGAUGGGUCUAGAGUCUGAAUUAUGCCUCCACCGACAUGGGCAUCACCAUUUCUUCCGGGGGGUGGGGGCGGGGUGUCCAUCUUGUUAAGGGCCUUCCCUUAAAUCUCUGAACGCUUCUAGUGAUGGGCAUGUGAGCUGUCCCUCCGGGACCCGGCUCUCUCGUAUCACGUCUUUGCUAGGGUCUUUUUACCCCUUGACACACUUCGUUCUGGGGAGUGUGCCGCCCAGUCUGUCUGUCUCUCUCUCCAUUGCAGUUUGGGUGAUCUGUUCUUCAGAGAGCGUAGGCGAGUCACUGAGGAUUUAAAAGGUGGCCCUUUAUUUCAGGGAGAAGCCAGGAGUCGCUCCCAGUACACCCUCCACCACUUCCCACGUGCUGUCUGAGCCUUUCAUUCUUGGGGUGGAUGCUGAGUCGAGCAAGGGGACCUCCUUUCUAAAUGUGUCCCUGGCAUGAGAAGCUGUGUGAUGUCUAGACCUUGGUUUCUCAUGAUGGAGAUGACUGAAUGGUUGAGCUGGAUAAUCCCCAAGGCUCGCUCUGGAUGUACAAAAAUAAAGGAUAAGAAAACUUAUUUCAUAAAACGACUCUUCAAUCAAGUAUACUAUUUUGAUGCUUGUUGGCAUCUAAACCCUUUGCGUUCCCACUAUGCCAGCAGCGACCGUAGAUCAUAGCCAAAGAAUUUGUGAAGUUUGGGCUUGCAACCUGGAUGACGAGAUGAAGAAAAUUCGUCAGGUUAUACGGAAGUAUAAUUAUGUUGCCAUGGACACCGAGUUUCCAGGUGUGGUUGCAAGACCCAUUGGAGAAUUCAGAAGUAAUGCCGACUAUCAGUACCAACUGUUGAGGUGUAAUGUGGACUUGCUAAAGAUAAUUCAGCUCGGCUUAACGUUUAUGAAUGAGCAAGGAGAGUACCCGCCAGGAACUUCAACGUGGCAGUUCAACUUCAAGUUCAAUUUAACGGAGGACAUGUAUGCCCAGGACUCCAUUGAGCUCCUAACGACCUCGGGAAUCCAGUUUAAAAAGCAUGAAGAAGAAGGGAUUGAGACACAGUAUUUUGCAGAGCUUCUCAUGACAUCAGGCGUCGUGCUGUGUGAGGGGGUCAAGUGGCUUUCAUUUCACAGUGGUUAUGAUUUUGGCUAUUUAAUCAAAAUCCUGACCAACUCCAACUUGCCUGAAGAAGAGCUGGACUUCUUUGAGAUCCUCCGAUUGUUCUUCCCGGUCAUCUAUGACGUCAAGUACCUCAUGAAGAGCUGCAAGAACCUCAAGGGUGGCCUGCAGGAAGUGGCUGAACAGCUGGAGUUGGAGCGCAUAGGACCACAGCACCAGGCAGGAUCCGACUCGUUACUGACGGGAAUGGCCUUUUUCAAAAUGAGAGAAAUGUUCUUUGAAGAUCACAUCGACGAUGCCAAGUAUUGUGGGCACUUGUACGGCCUUGGUUCGGGCUCCUCCUAUGUGCAGAAUGGUACGGGGAAUGCGUAUGAAGAGGAGGCCAGCAAGCAGUCAUGACAUGAAAUGGAUGGACAGCAGGCCUUGGUGUUUGGAGCUACACAUGUGCUUGUAUAUAGGUUUUAUCUCCAGUUAAAUCCCUUGGACAGUAGACAAUAAGGCUUUCUCUUUUUUUACCCUGCCUUCUCAAACCGUUUUCUCUUUUGUCUUUCAGUACUAAUUAUGACCAUUCCUUCCACAGAUCCUGAUAAGUAGAAGAGUCUUCAGGUUAAAUUUGGCUGUAUAAUUAAUCCAUCUGUUAGCAAGCAUGUGUGGCCAAGGGGAACAUCCGUAUCAUACUCAAUCUUUUGGUAAACAUAUCUAGUUGGUCUUAGUUUGUACCCCACACCUCUUCCCCCCAUUCCCAGAUUAACAAGCACUGACUGUAACUUAUUGCCCUGUUUCAUGUCUGUCCCUUCCAGUAUGCAAGAGUUUUAGCUAUUUGAGAUUGUGGACCAUCAAUUUUGCACUUUAGAGAGUGACUCAGAUCCACCAUUUUAGUAGAAGUUUGGGUUUUCCUUGCUGUUAGCCUGAAAGUUGAUCAUUUGCCAGUUUUACACAGCACUCUCUUGUGUUGGACCCAUGGAACAGAGUCUAUUUACUGUGCUGGCAAAGCUCUCCCGAAAGGGAAGGAGGGGCUCCUGAAGAGUUGAGCCCCUGCUCGCUGUCCCUGGGGCUGUGGAGCCCCGCUCACCAGGCCCGUUGGGUUUGGGGUCGGUCUCUGAAUGGGCUUUGGGACUGAAAAAGUGCUUGGCCCAGCUUUCCGCCUGUGUGCCAGAGCUGCCGGCCCCCAGGCACCCCCCACCCCCACCCCCGCGGUGGCUCAGCCACGCCUUUGCCUCGGUCCGCUUCCUUCCUCGCUGGCUUUUACCCUCACCCUCCCCUGUGAUAGUCGUAUUUACCGAGCCCUUGUUUUGGCGACUCCACAAGUCAGUAAGUCCAAAGAGAGCAAGUCACCUUAGGUAUGUCUUAUACCAAAUUGCAUUAGAAGAGAUGAGAUUAUGCUUUUGUAGUUGCUACAAAGACAAAAACGAUGAAGAGAUUUGUUGUAAAACAACAGAACGACAAGACAAGUGAGAGUGAAUAAAGUCACCUGAGGAGUGUAAUGCUUGUUUAUUUUGUGUGUAUAUCUUUGCAAUAUAUUUUCUAUAUAUUGACAGAAUAACUGUGAAAUACUUUCUUAGCCAUGUAGACAGGAGCAUGUGAGCAGGCCAGAGCAUGUGAAGGAAGACUUGGGGAAUGGGUAACUUAAACGCUGCUCAGAGAUGACGAUGGACGGCAAGUCAUGGUGUGUGUGUCUGACCUGCACUUAACUCAGUCGUGUUAGCUGUUUGCCAGGUCGGCGUGUUCCCUUGUCCUUUAACAUUCUUUUCUCGUUGAGUUACAACGCUGUCACUGGGUGGUCCUUCUUCAGAAAAGUUACUUGCAAAACAGAAGGUAUUAUUUGUUUUUAAAGCUUUUGUAAAUAAAGGCUUCAAAAAUGUUUUCUUACAUCCA